CGCCAAAAGCAGCGGCCCAGCCGAGGGAGGAGCCGAGCGGGAGCACAAAGAAGAGCAGCCCAAAGCAGGAUUUCUGCUUCCCAAAGCUUGGGCAGAUGGAGGAGGAGGCUGCGAGGAAGAGGAAGAUGCCGCGGACCCCCCAGGCAGGUGAGGAGGAAGUCAGUGCCCCUUUGGGUCGGUCUUUUGUGGCCGUCCUGCCGGGGCCGGAGUUGGGGGGAUGUCCUUGGGCUUCCCUGUGGGCUGGAGGCAAAUCCCCUGCGUGUCCUUGUUGCUUCCUGCCCCAGGCCCCGAGGUGAGGCCGGAAAGCGCGGAGGACAAAUCCCGGCGGCAGAGCCUGGUGGGAGAGGCCGUUUUGAAGGGCUCCCUGGCGCAGGAAGGCAGCAGGGAGGAAAAGAGCCGGAGAUGCCCCCGCAGGAGGGGCUCCAAAGCCAUCCCAGGGGGCUGUGAGGAGGAAAGAGCCAGCGUGUGCCGGGAAGGCGACCGGAGCUUGAGGGGGAGCUGCGAGCUGGUGGUCCCUGAGCAGCCUCCCAGCAGGGAAAAGCCCUUUAGGUGUUUGGAAUGUGGGAAGAGCUUCAGGACAAGCACCAGCCUCCUCACCCACCUGCACAUCCACAGUGGGGAACGGCCCUACACGUGUGGGGAGUGUGGGAUGAGCUUCAGGCACAGCUCCGCCCUCCACAGCCACCAGAUGAUCCACAGUGGGGAAAGGCCCUACACAUGUGGGGAAUGUGGGAAGAGCUUCAGCAAGUGCACCAACCUCCUCAGGCACCAGCUCACCCACACUGGGGAAUGGCCCUACAAGUGCUUGGAAUGUGGAAAUAGCUUCAGCACAAGCACUGACCUCCUCAGGCACCAGCUCAUCCACAGUGGGGAACGGCCCUACACGUGUAGGGAAUGCGGGAAGAGCUUCAAACGGAGCUCCCACCUGCUCCGACACCAGAUGAUCCACAGUAGAGAAAGACCCUACACGUGUGGGGAAUGUGGGAAGAGCUUCAGCAGCAGCACCAACCUCCUCAGGCACCAGCUCACCCACACUGGGGAACGACCCUACAAGUGCUUGGAAUGUGGGAAGAGCUUCAGCACAAGCACUGACCUCCUCAACCACCGGCACAUCCACAGUGGGGAACUGCCCUACACGUGUAGGGAAUGUGGGAAGAGCUUCAGCCGGAGAUCCACCCUCCACACCCACCGUCGCAUCCACAGUGGGGAACGGCCCUACAAGUGCUUGGAAUGUGGAAAGAGCUUCAGGCACAGCUCCACCCUCCACACCCACCGUCGCAUCCACACUGGGGAAUGGCCCUACACAUGUGGGGAGUGUGGGAAGAGCUUCAGGGACAGCUCCACCCUCCACAAGCACCGUCGCAUCCACAUGGGGGAGAGGCCCUACAAGUGUGGGGGGUGUGGGAAGAGCUUCAUCCGGAGGGCUGCCUUGACCAAACACCAACGGACCCACCGGUAAGAGAAGCCCCGAGUGCCCCGACUGCGGGAAGAGCUUCGACCGCUGCUCCAACUCCAUCAGCCAUCGGAGGACCCGCGUUGGAUGAUCCACAGGGACCCCCGUUGGGCACAGACCUGGUGACCAACAUUCCUGGUGACCCCUGUUUAGCAGAGACCUGGUGCUGGAAUAGAGUUCAAACACUGAAGAAGAAGAAGGACUGGCACAUCUGAUGAGAAAGAGAAGACUCCAGUUCCCGGAUAACAUGACGGUCAGGAUGGUCUCCCCAAAGAAGAACCCUGAAGAUUUGCAUUGAAACUGCUGGAUGGGCCAAGGGGCUGAUCCUGCCUUCCCUU